GCUGUCGGCGGCAGCGUCAGCUGUUUGCUGUUCUGCUGUCUGUUCUAUGUUGACUGUUGACAGACAGAACAUGAAUCGCAAAGUCGAGGACUUUUAAAGAUUAGAAGCCCGUUGUCCUUUUUUCUCCUACAUUUUCUCAUCCAAUAUCGGCCCUGUCAUCGUUCUGGUGUUUUGGUUGUCUCUAACCGAUUUUGAUUUUGAACUUUUGGCAUGUCUAGUUUGGAAAUGUUUUGGCUAGGUGUAGUUAAAUAUGUAUUUAUUUUGACCUCCAAGUACUAGUCUCUGUGUAUUGUCUGUAUUGGAGUGUGCAUGUCAAAAAUGCCGACUACAUCUGAGACUGAGAUGUCUCCGAAGGACGAUGUGAAUGAGGAUGAAAAUUUGAACCCCCCUCCCCCUAAUCCUGAAAGCAUAAUGGCUAAUCGUUUAGAUGAAGGCUGUGAACUACAGCAGCUUGUUGGUGAUGAUGAUGAAGUUCGAGGUGGAGCGACUCCCCCUGUCAGCCCAACAAUUUGCAGGAUAACUCAAACCUCUCCUUCAACUCCUAACAGCACCAAGCGAGUAGUAAAUCAUCAGGAAUAUGAGCGUAUUCCCACAUGUGAUGAUGAUGCCAUUCAGGUAUCAACACCAGCAGGCCCAGAUAGUGUAAGAAGUUCUACUGCCGCUGGACCAAGCCCAAGUCACGGUACAAGUUUAGGAUCCGGUACCUCUCGAUCUCUUAGCCGGAUAGCAACAGCACCAACUAUGAGUUCCGUCAGCAAUGGGCCUAAUACACGAUUACUGUAUGUUAAUGAAAAGCUUUCACGUGGUCCGUCACUGAUAUCAGAACAUGGAGGAACAAGACCGCCUAGAGAUCGGAAUCCAAAGACUGGGCAGAAUGCACCUAGGGCUGAAAUUAAGAGAGGUGCCACAAGCAUAGGUCUUACCAGUACCGGCUCUCACAGUCAGCUAAGUCAUCUCCUGAAUUCACGGUCAAGACUGACUGCCCAAGAUAGCCGGUCGGCUCUACGAUACCGCAUGCGAGAUCCUGAUCGCUCUUGUGAACAUCACUGUUUUCUAACAGAUGUAACAGACGUUCAUCGUAUGGAGGAGGCUCUCCUUCACUUACUAGAGGACUUUCACACUGGCAAAUUACGUGCAUUUGGAAAGGAUUGCAGUAUGGAGCAAAUGACUGGAAUUCGGGAACAACAAGAGCGUCUUGCACGCCUCCACUUUGAUUUGGGCGCUCAAGGAGAGCUCUUUUCACCCCUUAGCGAUGAAGGUCUACGUGCUGGUCAAGAAUACAUGCAAAGCUUAAUGGGAAGCUUAGAACAAUUGAGUGUUUCAAUUGAACGUUUACAUUCCUUCAGUGAAAGCAGAGAGAGUAGCCAAAAGCCUGAAUAAAUUCAAUUCAGAAUAUUCAGUAUUCUUGGUGCCUGUUAAAAUUGAAAAUUUGGUUUUCAAUGACUUGAGGUUGGUGUUGAUUUGAAUUCUAUGAUUUUAACACUUCCAGUUCCAUUAGUAUCUUUGAUUUCAAAAAUAAUUUUGUCAUCUUUUAUACAUUUACACACAGAUUAGCAAAGUGUCUAGAGUUUUAUGUAUUUUUAUACGUAGUGGUAAGAUAUUUAUGUUAUCUGUGAUGCUUACAAUUACUUUUUUGGGGUUUUGUCAAUUUUAUGUCUAAAUGGGUCUGUUUUAGGCAUUCAAAAUGUUUCAUUAUAUCAUGUCUACUUAUUUUCCUGAACAUAAUUUGGUGUGUAACAUACUAAAUGUGGGUGAAUUUUAUUGUUUAUAUUACUUUAUUUUGUUAUAUCCGCUCUGCUUCUCUUCAGUUUCUUUUUAUCUCUGUUUAUCACUGCCUGUGAAAUUGUGACUGUGAUUAAAGAAUCUGUGUUGGGUUAUCAAAUCAAAA